AUGCUACCACGAUCAUAUUAUACAGAACAAGACGUAAGAAAAAGGCAAAUAGAUACACUUAAGAUCUUUAAUGCUAAUGUAACAGAAAUUAAGGAAAAUGCUGAAUAUAGAGUUGAGUUUAUCGCUGAUGGAAGAAACAUGAGUCUUAAUAUUGUUUUAAGUUCAGAAUUCCCAAAUGAAAAGCCUGCAAUUUUCGUUAGUCCAUUAUUUUCUCAUCCAUGGAUUGCAGAAAACACAAACCAAGUUGUCGGAGCACCAGGACUAAUAAAUUUCACUGUACACUCUGAUUUAGGCCGUGUAGUUCAAGCUAUUAUAAGAGAGUUUCAAAAGACCAUUCCAAAUAUUACAAGUAAUGAAGAAAAGCCUGCAGACAGCAGUCCACAGUCAAUAAUAAGUUCACAGUCCAUGAUAUUUCCAGAGCUAAGUGAACUAAGCAUAGAUGAACUUCAGGAGAUAUUAGAAAAUCCUGAUUUACAGGACAAACUUCUAGAAACCAACCCUCAACUAGUUGAGCUAGACCUAGAAACCGAAGAACUAAUGAACAGCAUAGAAGAGAUUGCUCAAGACAACAUAGCCAAACAACAGAUGCUGGAUGAUCUGAAAACAGAAGUGAUAGAUAGAAUAUCUACGAUAGUUCAAAUGAAAAUGAACUAUGAAGAGUUGAACAAGAAGCACCAGAAGUUAGCAGAGAUGUAUGAUCCACAUAGAAUCAGGGAUUGUUUGAGAGAAGCCGCAUUGAAAGCUGAUGAGGAUGCAGAGGUCAUAGCUGAACAAUUUUUGUUAGGCAACAUUCCCGUAGAAACAUUCAUAGCUAAAUUUGCAGAGAAGAGAGCCCUGGGCCAAGCGAGACGAGCAAGGGAGGAACGGCUAGCGCAUCAGUUGACACAACUGGAUAGAGCCACAACUUAA